GGCUGCUGAUCAGCCUGUGACACACUGCUGCCGGCAGCGCUCAUUGCUGUCGGAAGUGUGCAGUGCAUGACGCUUUCCUGCUGCCGUGGAGGGGUCUAUUUCCGUUCUCUCCAGCUGAGCAGCAGGAGCAGCCGCCUGAAAAUCCCCCUUCACUUUCCCAAGGCUCCAUCGCCGGGAGGGUGGAAUGAUGUUUGCAGUGUGCCAGCCAGACGUCCCCCUGAAUGCUCCAUUCCAUGAGGGCAAGCGGGACCCCACGCUGGGCACGGCCUUCCUCGCUGAACGGGAGCUCAGGCAGGACAAGAAUUUCAACUUUGUGGCGGAAGGGUAUGACAGCAACGAGAACUGGAGCCAGGUGGUGAUUGGGACCCGGAUGGAGGGGGGCUCCGGCCAGAUAGAAAACACAGCCAAUAAUCUGGUGUUCUUAGUGCAGAGACAGACAGCUCAGGGCAGGCUUAGGGAUGCUCCCCGAGGGCUGAAGUCAGACAAGCUGGGACUCUCCGAGGAGGACGUGCGCAGCCCCCACAAGGGAGCCGAGCUCAGUGGUGCCGAGAAGGAGAAAGCGGCUACCGAGGACAUGGCCAAAGAGUGUGGCAAAUGGGCUGGCUCCCCCUUAGAGGACAAUGGCUAUGCCAGCAGCUCCCUCAGCAUCGACAGCCCCGACAGUAUCACUGGCAAUGCCUGGGAGGCCCCCGCUGCCACCACCAAAGACCCGAGGAACCAGCCAGCGCUUCAGGUGCCCGACGCUGAUUUCGAAAACUCCUCCAACUUGGACACGGUCUUCCCGGUGCUGGCCGAGGCCUUCCAGAACCUCCAGGACAAGAUGAGGUACAAGGAGCGGGAGAAGGAGAAACACCACAUCCACCUGGUGAUGUAUCGGCGCCUGGCCCUGCUGCGUUGGAUCCGCGGCCUCCAGCAGAAAGUGGUGGACCAGCAGAACCGGCUGCAGGAGAGCUUCGACACCAUCCUGGACAACCGCAAAGAGCUCCUCCGAUACAUCCAGCAGGGCAUGGGGAGGCCGUGUGGUUUAGUGGCAAGAGCAGAGGCCUAGGAAGUCAAGAGACCUGGAUUCUGUUCCCACCCCUGCCACUGACCUGCUGGGUGACAUUGGGCGUGUCACUUCACCUCUCUGUGCCUCAGUUUCCCCAUCUGCAAAAUGGGAGUUAUGGUACUUAACUUAACAGAGUGCUCUGAGAUGGACAGAUAGAUGAAAAUUAACUAUGUAUUAUUAUUAUUAGAUUAUAUUCCAUGCUCUCUGCACCUUCACAAAGCUGCCGUUGAUACCUGCAAUAACUUCCAUUUUGCACCACGUUUCUUCAUAUCUUCCAGUAAGCGGAAGCGAGGAUACGGUCCCAUAGCCCUUUCGUGUGUAGUUCCAGGAAAGUCAAUGAGACUAGGCACGUGACUAAGGCUUACUCGUGGGAGAAGGGGUUGUAGCAUUCAAAGCUCUGAUGCUGAUCCUGCAAUCUUGAUGCAUAUUUAGACUGUAAGCUCCGCCUUCUUGUUAGAUAGCUCUUCUGCACCUAACACAACAAGGCCCCAAUUCUUGACUGGGACCUCUAGGUGCUACCACAAUUUCAACUAAUAAUAACUGAGUCAGUGGGGACUGCAGGGUCAGGUCCUGUAGAGAGCAGGGAAACCCCAUUGCUGUAAUAAUGAAACACCUGUAGCCUGAGUUUUGACCCUGAAAGGAUGGAAAAGAUGAGCUAAAAUGGGCGAUUUUCUUUAAGAAUCAGUUUUUAAAGAGGCAGCAUUCAAAAUGCAAGAAAGUGACCAAAUCUUGUCCUGGCAGCAGAGAAGAAAACCUGCAACAGAUUUCUUGCCAUCUGCAUCCCGGCCAGGAGGACUCCAGCCUCUUUGUGAGGAAAAAUACCUUGCUCCUCAAAGGGCAUGACUGCUUUCAUGUUUGCUUCUAUUCUAGGGCCUGCUGGCUGUUGUCUGUAUCACUGACAUGCUAGAUCAUGAAUUAUUAUACAUAUUAAUAAAGUUUGGAGAUAAAAAACA